AUGGGGCUGGCAUCGGACGACAAAUCCCCCCAGGUGAACCACCACAUGGCCAUUGUCUUGGGCGUUGGACUCGGAAUAGCCACUCUGAUUAUCAUGUGUCUGCUUUUGACUCUGUUCAUCAACCGACGCGAUCGCCGGCCGGUCUUCAGCAGCGGCAGCAGCAAGGGCGACUCCAACGACAAGCUGCGCAAACUGGAUGUCGUGUCCCCCACGCGCACACUCGAAGAAUGGUGGUCGCGGGCUAAGGGGCCCCUGUUGCCCGCCGAAGGGCUGGACGGGGACUUUAUCUGUGUCGUCUGCCUGGAAUCCGUCCUGCGCUGCCAGGAAAUCCACGAACUCAAAUGCCUGCACGUCUUCCAUCGGGAGUGUCUCGAAAAGUGGUAUCUGCAGGACCACUUCAACUGCCCCCUCUGCCACCGAGCCUAUUACGUCCAAGAAUCGCAUCCCACUAAUGAUUUCGUUUGGAUGGUAUGA